AUGACGGACACGGCUGAGACGUUGAAGGCCUUGGCUGUGAGGCAGAAGAAGAUGGAGGAGGAAAUGGAGGCCUUAGCAGACUUCCUCAGUCAACCAGGUAUGCCGGGUUUGACUGGAAAUCUGGUAGACGUCGAGGGAUUCCCUCGGGCAGAUAUCGAUUUGUACGCCGUUCGUGGGGCACGUCACCGAUUGGCUGUACUCAAGACCGACUAUCAAGAGAUCCGUUCACAGAUCGAAAAAGAACUGCUUGCCUUGCACGCCCAGGGUGCCGUGUCGGUUCCUCGUGGCGAGUCGGCUGACCGCACGAAGAACCUCAGAACUGGGGCGUCCGCUUCCGCCGACACUGAAUAUGCUUUGGAAUUGUGCCCGUACGUGCCGUUCGCAAAGAUCGAUGAGCUGCACGAGAAGAGUCCCGCAUCAACGGCUGGCUUCAGGUUGGGAGAUCUCGUUCUCCAACUUGGUUCAGUCUUCAUCCGCAAUCCGAAUGUAACACGAACUGCAGAUGCGCCUGGUCAACCCAGUGUCUGCGUUGCCGAAGAUGACGCACGCGGCUGCACAAGCGUCGAGGAAGUCUUCCGAAAGCUUCGGCAGGAAGUGGAGAGCCACAAAGGAGAAAAUCUCUGUGUCACACUCCUCCGAAACAGUGAUAUGGUACAUCUGAAGCUCGUACCUCAAACAUGGGAAGGCAUGGGUCUCGUGGGAUGCCGUUUUACACCCGUAACACAAGGGAUGCUGUAG